AUGGAGACUUUAUUAGAGCCAGAGUCAAAUGAAAGCGUCAAUAAAUCUGGAUCAUUUUAUGUGAUAUCUGAUGACGAGCUGGUCUUCGAAGUACCUACGCAUAUUUUGAUACUAUUAUCGCUUCUUUAUGGCAGUAUAAGCUUUAUUGCUGUAAUUGGCAAUUCAUUGGUGAUAUGGAUUGUCAUAACAACCAGGCAAAUGCACACCGUAACAAACUUCUUCAUUGGGAAUCUGGCAAUGGCAGACGUCAUCAUCGGAUUGUUUUCUAUUCCCUUUCAAUUUCAAGCGGCUGUUUUACAACGAUGGGAUCUCCCAAGAUUUAUGUGCCCAUUCUGUCCCUUCAUUCAAAUUCUCAGCGUGAACGUGUCUAUAUUCACUUUGACAGCCAUUGCUAUAGAUCGUCAUAAGGCGAUAUUAAAUCCACUGCGAGCUCGAUCAUCCAAGCAAGCAUCAAAAAUCAUUAUCGGCUUUAUUUGGAUGGUGGCAUUAUUCUUCGCAUCACCCAUAAGCUAUGGGCUACGUGUUGUAGAUUUGAUGGUCCAAUAUGAAGUCAAAGAUAACAGCACGAAUGUGACGCUUUUUACUCCAAAUAUAACGAAACCAUUCUGUCAGAUUGUCAAUUUAAAUGAUGCAGAGAUGCUAGUUUACAGAUAUACACUCGUUCUUGUACAAUAUAUCAUUCCAGUGUGUGUCAUAAGCUUCGUAUACAUCCAAAUGGCAAUAAAACUUUGGGGAAGCAAAACUCCAGGAAAUGCUCAAGACGUUCGCGAUUUCAACCUUCUUAAAAACAAAAAGAAAGUUAUUAAAAUGCUUGUCAUUGUAGUCGUUUUGUUUUGUGUAGCUUGGUUUCCAUUGCAAAUGUACAACAUUCUCCAGGUGACAUAUCCUGAGAUAAACGAGUAUCGUCACAUAAAUAUCAUUUGGCUGUGUUUUGAUUGGCUUGCCAUGUCAAACUCCUGCUACAAUCCUUUCAUCUACGGAAUCUACAAUGAAAAAUUUAAACGAGAAUUCUACAAACGUUUUUCGUUUUUUCAUAAAUUUGGAUUUGGAAGACGUUUCUAUCAAUCGACCAGUGGCAUGGCUGGAGCAACAACAAUGACCGAUUAUCAUAACGACAAAACUAUGUCAACAUAUAAUACUCGUGCUUCAAUAUCUCAUCAUUUAUCACACAACACAAAAAAAUCAUGUUGUGUUCGGAAUGAAAAUUUAUUCCGCAGUGGUAAUGGAGUUGUCUACAAGAAUUCCUACAUAACAGAUGAUGACGAUGAUAAUUAUACUAUUACAUCUACUCCAUUCAUUGAGAACAAUAGAAAUUACAACACUGAAACUGAGGGAGAAGAUUUCGAGUUCUCAAAAAUCAUUUAAAGAUCCAAAUCAAAUCUUGAUGGUUUAUUGUUAUUUAUGUUUUAUGUACUUAUCUAUGUAGGUUUAUGUAUGUAGAUAAU